AUGUCAUGGGAGUUGCCCGUCUUGACUACUCUCAUCCUCAGCGUACUUGGCUUCUGGUGGAUCUAUAGCCCUCGUGCCAGCUACCAGAAGGCCCUGUUCUACGCCUUGCUCUGCAGUCUCACCGUCCUCGUCGAUCCUCGUCGUCUGAUCGAGUACUUCUCCCCCGCCACGAUCGAAGCAUUGCUGGAUUUCCGCAUCCAUGUUCUUUUGAUCCAUCACUUCAAGAUGGUCUUGACACUUGGUGCUGUCGUUUGGCUACUGCAUCGCUCGUGGCAGACUUUAUGGAAGCCCGUUCCCGACUUAAUCAAUAUCCUCGGCGUCGAUGUACCUGAGCCUCCCGAUGUUUCCCUUGCUGGCAUCCGAUCCGAUGCGGCUACUUUGAGCUGGACUCGCCCGACCAGUAACCGACCGGUACAAAAAUAUACUAUACAAGUCAAUGGCGUUCAUGUUGGCGAUUCACCUGGAAAUGAAGUUGCGAUUACUGUUACAGGCCUAAAGCCAGAUCAUUUUUACAAUAUCAGGGUUGUUGCUGUUGGACCAAACAACUUUCAGGCUGGAAGUCAGGUCCUUCGUCUCCGAACUUUUGGAAAGGAUGGGAGACCUCAGCUGGGCAAUUCACGCGUGCCUACUAGCUUUGCAAACAUCGACCACCCUCAUCCGAAAACUGGCGACGAAGAUGACGAUUCCGAUUCGCAAAAGAACCCCCCAGUACCAUCCGUCGAGGCGGCACCCGUUCUUGAUGGCAACAACGCGUCUACGUCCGAUGUCAGUGCCACCGGUCCGAGUCAGCGACGAAAUACGGUCAACCGACGACACUCUCCAUCCGUUGCUAGCAUGGACCAACCUCAAAUCAAGCUUCCAUCAGUGGAUGGCCCAGAGCUAUCACUCGAUGAGCUGAACCGCCGGUUCGAAUCCACCAGGAAAGAAGUUGACGAAACCCUUGCUCAAUAUGCUAAAGAAGAGGCCGAACUUCAGCAACAAGAGGAAGAGCUCAAACAGGAGAAGGAAGCUAAAAGACAAGCUCUGAAGGAGAAGGAGGAACAGACAACGCAGCUAAAGGCCAACGUCCGUACGACCAUGGAGCAGAUGCGUACUGCAGAGAAGGAGCGAGCAAGAAAAGAACAGCAGCUGAAGGAGAAGGAAAAUAAGAAGUCCAAGGUUCGAGAUACUGCUACUAGGCUGGAGAAUGAGAUUGAGAGGAUGAAGAAAGAGCGAGAAGGUUUCGAGGCCCAGAAGAAGGAGUUGGAAGCCAAGCGAGACAAAGAUGGCCAGGAACUUGAUCAUUCCAACGCGGAGCUUCAAGAGAAUUGUGCUCAGUUGGAAGCUGAACUUCGAGAGAAGGGGAAGCAACUCCAAGACCUCAAGGCUGCUCGUGAACAACUUCCAGGUGGCGACGAUGAGCAGUUGAAAGAGAACGAUAUGCUUGUUAGAAAAGAGUGGGAUGCUAGGCGCAAGGAGUUGCACAACCAGCUGGUUGCCGAAACUAAGAAGCUUCACAACUUGGAUCAGCAUGCACGCUAUCUUAGGGAAGAGCAGCAACAGCUGGGACUUUACUAUAGUGCCCAGCCAGAUCCUACUGCUACAGAGUUCGAACCUGCAGCUUCUCAGGAUACUCGAGACAGCGGCAACUUCAACCACCCUUCUCACAUCAAUCUGUCACCACCACCCAACCAAUUCGGUCAGCCUGACGAUUCGUUCUCAACUGGCUUUAGUCGCGCUGGAUUUGGCCAAAUAUUGUUUAUGGAUCACAACGCGGCUGACAACGCUGAUGACCACCAAUCUGAGGCAGACUUCAGGGCGAAUGCCGGACCGCUCAGUCCCACGGCUCAUUCUCUUCUUCCGUCAGGUAUCUUUGACGAGACCUUUGAGGAUGCCGAAGAACAUCUUUCAAACCAGUACCUACCAGAUUCUGUCGCAGCUGCCGAGGAGGAUAAGCCACAGUCCCCGUUGUCUUCAGACGGGCGUUCCUUGAAUAUGUUCUCGAGUCCUCACGGCUCGUCACACAAUUUGCCCUUCCCUCAGUACAACGACAUGGAUUCUCACUCACUGAACAUCAAUUCUUCUCCCCAACAGGCGCCGCUCGCAUCAAGCCACCGACUAUCUAACCUCUUGUCUAACUUCCAACGCAAUAGAGGUCCAAAGCCAGCAGAUGGCGAGGGGCCUGCUAUUGGUAGCCUCAAGACAGGACAGAGCCAAUCUUUCCCUCGAAGCAUGGAUGACUAUGAUAUGCCGGGCAACAGACGUAGAAUAAGCUUCUCUUGGAUGAACAGGCAUUCCGGAGGCGAGCCGAGUAGGUCGAGCAUGGGCCCUACCUCGGCUUCUAGACCAUUCUCUGCUAGGAGGCUCAACCCGUUUGCCAGCAGUGCUGGUGCUUUAGCUGGUGACAACGACUCACCAAACUCGCGACCUGCAUCAAUUGCGUCCACCGACCUUCCCCGACCCUCGACCGACAGCGGGUCUAUUUGGAAUUUGCCAACCGACUUCUCUAUGCUAGCAAAGAAUCGAGUAUGGUCACCAAACGAAGGGCGUUGGCAUUCGAGGAACCCUUCUCGUCGACCCUCACUUGGUGCAGUUCCAACCAUGCUUGAAACAACGCUUGCAACGGCCAAUGAUGAGAUUCUUGAUGACGAUGAUUUACUCGAUCCGCAAACGUCACCUAGCCAAGUCGGCGUCAUUGGUUCACGUCCUCCGAGCCAUCAAGCAUCAAUGAACCGACAUCUCAACCCAGCUGCACCUACGUUCAGAACACCCUCCUUCUUUGGACGUCGGGAUAGAGAUGCAAGCCCCGACAAAGACAGGUCGAGGGGCAAAGACAAGGACAAACGUGGCAAAUCCAAGGAAGGUCGUUCGAAGGGCAAGGAAGUUUUGACUCCUACUGUUGAAGUGCCUCCAAAUCUGGACGAUUCGCCAUCAGAUUCACGAAUGUCUCGCGAUACGUUUUCAGUUCAUACGCAAAACUCGGUAUCGGAAUCGCAUGAGUCUUUGGAUCUCGGCAUGACGGCCUCAAACUCGACAACGGACAACAACGCUGCUCAUAAGGAUGCCGAUAGCAGUGUUGUCAAGAAACUCUUUAGAAAGGGAAGCUCCAGCAAGUUCAGCACCUUGUCUUCUAGGCUGAGCAAGGAUUCGGUCCUGUUCAAGAAGGGGCCUGGUAGCAGCACAUUCUCCGAGAAGAACAUGUCAGCGGAGCACCGCUCUAGCAUUGGCGAUGCUGACGAACUAGGCGAGGAUAUAUCUCAACUUGGUCGCAGUUACGACAGCAUGGCUAGCAGCCCAUCGUUGGGCCAGGGCAGCUUCCGGUCAAAGGACGCACCUAAGGAGGGCCGCAUGGGGACAUGGCGCUUCUCGAUGAAAAAGAAGAAUAAGGAUCCUGUUGCAAAAGAGAAGGAAAGUUCGGAAAAUGACAGGGCUGUAGAUGAGUAG